AUGGCUGCUGCCGGCCCGGGUGCGGGCCCCGCGCCCGGCGCCUCCGCCGCGGCCUCGCUGCCCCUGGCCGCGCUCAACGUGCGCGUGCGGCGCCGCCUGUCGCUGUUCCUGAACGUGCGCACCGCGGUGGCGGCCGACUGGAGCGCGCUGGCCGAGGAGAUGGGCUUCGAGUACCUGGAGAUCCGGCAGCUGGAGGCGCACGCCGACCCCACGGGCAAGCUGCUGGACGACUGGCAGGGCCGGCCCGGCGCCUCGGUGGGCAGGCUGCUCGAGCUGCUCGCCAAGUUGGGCCGCGACGACGUGCUGCUGGAACUGAGGCCCAGCAUCGAGGAGGACUGCCAGAAGUACAUUCUGAAGCAACAGCAGGAGGAGUCUGAGAAGCCCUUACAGGUGGCUGCUGUGGACAGCAGCGUCCCCCGGACAGCAGAGCUGGCGGGCAUCACCACACUCGACGACCCCUUGGGGCAAAUGCCGGAGCGGUUUGAUGCCUUUAUCUGCUACUGCGCCAGUGACAUCCAGUUUGUCCAAGAGAUGAUCCAGCAGCUGGAACAGACAAACUACCGGCUCAAGUUGUGUGUGUCCGACAGGGACGUCCUGCCCGGCACCUGUGUCUGGUCCAUUGCCAGUGAGCUCAUCGAGAAGAGGUGCCGCCGGAUGGUGGUGGUUGUCUCAGAUGAUUACCUGCAGAGCAAGGAAUGUGACUUCCAGACUAAGUUUGCGCUCAGCCUCUCUCCAGGCGCCCAUCAGAAGCGACUGAUCCCCGUCAAGUACAAGGCCAUGAAGAGAGAGUUCCCGAGCAUCCUGCGGUUCAUCACGGUCUGUGACUACACCAACCCCUGCACCAAGUCUUGGUUCUGGACUCGCCUUGCCAAAGCCCUGGCCCUGCCCUGA